UUCUGUAUUCUCGUGUUCAGCGACGGUGUUUUCGGGUUAUCGUGUAUAAUUUUUCUUGUUUAUUUUGAUAGUUUUUCUUUCAGGAAAAUAGUGGACGAAUAUGUGAGAAAUUUUUUCGUUCAUCAUUAAGUUUCUGUGGACAGAAUGUCUGGAGACGGAAAGCUACAGUGUUACAACAGAGCUUGUGGACAGAUGUUUGAUCCAGAUAAUAAUAAAGAAGAUUCUUGUCUGCACCAUCCUGGUCUUCCAGUUUUUCAUGAUGCCUACAAGAUAUGGUCUUGUUGCAAUAAGAAAACUACAGAUUUCACUGAAUUCUUAAACAUGAAAGGGUGUACUCAUUCCUAUCAUAGUAACGUGAAACCACCAGAACCUGCUAAGCCAGCCGUAAAAGAAGCCUCUGAAGUUUCAAUUCCUAAACCUCUAGAGCAAAAGCAGAGCCUCCCAAGGCCAGAUGUGAAUGGACCUGUUGAGCCUCUUGCUUACACAGUUGGGGCCUCCCUCAAGCCUAUGCUGGAAAAGAUGCUGAAAGAAAUUACUUUAGAACCUGUUCAAGUUAAUGACUCUGAAAUUCAACUAAAUACUCCUUGCCAGAAUAAAGGUUGCCAUGCAGUGUACAAAGGUGAAUAUUCUAAUGCAGAAACAUGCUUGUAUCAUUCUGGUAUUCCAGUAUUUCAUGAAGGCAUGAAAUAUUGGUCUUGCUGUGUGAAGAGAACGACAGACUUCAAUAGCUUUUUGGAACAGGUUGGCUGUUCAACUGGCAAACAUAAGUGGCAUAAAGAUAAAAAUGUCGAGAAUAAAGUGAAGUGCAGAUAUGACUGGCAUCAAACUGGGGGUUUUGUCAUUAUUUCUGUGUAUUCCAAAUGUCCAUUACCUGAUUUAUCUUAUGUUGAGUCAAAUGCUGUGAAGCUCCAUAUACAUAUUACCUUUGGAAAAGACAAAGAAAUAUUUGAUGAGGAAAUGAUUUUGUUUGGUAUAAUCGACCCUUCAGCCAGCAACGUCACCUACCUGGGUAGCAAAGUUGAAAUCAAACUGAAGAAAGCGGAGCCCAUCAGCUGGACAGACCUGAGACUGAAGAAAGACAUCUUGAGCAUCAAUUCUAUGUCAAUACAAGAUAGCUAAUUUAAAUGUUUUGAUGACUUCAAAAACAUCGGCAAUUAUCCUGUUGCUUUUAUUUAUUUAUCAUCCUGUACUUUGUGUUAAGUUUUUUACUUGUUUUUGGUGAACAUAAAGUAUUUUAUUGCUGAA